UAGGCUCAAACGGAGCUCCAGUUUCAUUCUAACAGCAGAUGAGGAAGUCAAGCACUGUCCGUGACCGAGUUCCACUUUCAGCAAGUAAGAACAAGAAUUAACUUUGUGAGAGAAAUUAAUCAAGGUGAAAUCAUAACAUGUUCAUGGUUUUGGAAGGAUGACACCAAAUUUGUAAGGAUUAUACACACCGCCAUUUUCUAAGACAACCUUGGCAUUGAAGUAACUUCUGGACCCUCGUCUGACUGGAUUACACACCUCAUCUAUGUAAUGUUUCCACCACUGAGCUUCAGCACGCGAUGGUACGCUGGGAAUUUGGCUGUUUGACGGAGACUCGACAGAAAUGUCGAAGUCAAGUGGACUUCCCCGGCUCCUGAUUGGAAGUGAGGGUGGUGAGAGCAGAGAGCUGGAUGAGAGAGACAUGAGGAACAUCUCAGGACAUUAUGGGGAGGACGAGGAAGAGUCAGAGCGUCAGAUUGUGGUGGGGAUCUGCUCCAUGAUGAAGAAAUCGAAAUCCAAACCAAUGACUGAGAUUCUGGAGAGGCUCUGUAAGUUUGAGUACAUCACCGUGGACAUUUUUCCAGAGGAGGUUAUACUCAAUGAACCGGUGGAGAAGUGGCCGUUGUGUGACUGCCUCAUUUCCUUCCAUUCCAAAGGAUUUCCCCUUGACAAAGCAGUAAAUUAUGCCAAACUAAGAAACCCCCUUCUUAUCAAUGACCUCAACAUGCAGUAUUUCAUUCAAGACAGGAGGGAAGUGUACAGGAUUCUACAGGAAGAGGGCAUUGACCUUCCACGCUACGCAGUGUUGAACCGGGACCCUGACAGACCAGAGGAAUGUAACCUGGUGGAGAGCGAGGACCAUGUGGAAGUGAACGGGGAAGUGUUUCACAAACCCUUUGUGGAGAAGCCUGUCUCCGCCGAGGACCACAAUGUCUACAUCUAUUACCCAACCUCAGCCGGCGGUGGCAGCCAGCGUCUCUUUAGAAAGAUUGGCAGUCGGAGCAGUGUGUAUUCUCCCGAAAGUACAGUUCGUAAGACUGGUUCUUACAUCUACGAGGAGUUCAUGCCCACAGAUGGCACAGAUGUUAAGGUUUACACAGUAGGACCUGAUUAUGCUCACGCCGAAGCCCGUAAGUCUCCUGCUCUGGAUGGGAAAGUGGAGAGAGACAGUGAGGGGAAGGAGAUCCGCUAUCCUGUGAUGCUCACCGCAAUGGAGAAGCUUGUGGCCAGAAAAGUGUGUCUUGCAUUUAAGCAAACAGUAUGCGGUUUUGACCUCCUCCGAGCAAAUGGUCACUCUUUCGUUUGUGACGUUAAUGGCUUCAGCUUUGUAAAGAACUCCAUGAAGUACUAUGAUGAUUGUGCCAAAGUCCUGGGGAACAUGGUGAUGCGAGAGCUGGCUCCUCAGUUCCACAUUCCCUGGUCGAUCCCCAUGGAAGCAGAAGACAUCCCUAUCGUCCCAACUACCUCAGGAACCAUGAUGGAACUCCGUUGUGUUAUUGCUGUAAUUCGCCAUGGCGACCGUACGCCCAAACAGAAGAUGAAGAUGGAGGUCAGGAAUGCCCUGUUUUUUGAUUUGUUUGAGAAAUAUGGUGGCUAUAAGAACGGAAAACUCAAGCUGAAAAAACCAAAACAGCUCCAGGAAGUGCUGGAUAUUGCUCGUCAGCUGUUGGCAGAACUGGUCCUACAUAAUGAUUGUGAGAUUGAGGAGAAGAAAUCCAAACUAGAACAACUGAAGACGGUUCUGGAGAUGUAUGGUCAUUUCUCAGGGAUCAACAGGAAGGUGCAGCUGACCUACAUGCCAAAUGGGCAGCCCAAAGCAUCCAGUGAGGAGGAAGAUGUUCUGAAGGAGGGUCCAUCUCUACUGCUGGUGCUGAAGUGGGGUGGUGAGCUGACGCCAGCGGGUAGAGUUCAGGCUGAGGAGCUUGGACGAGCCUUUCGUUGCAUGUACCCUGGAGGACAAGACAGCUGCAGGUCCAUUGGCUGUGAGUCCCCUAUUGACUGUGGCGACUAUGCCGGCUUCCCUGGUUGUGGCCUUCUCCGUUUACACAGCACUUACCGCCAUGACCUCAAAAUUUACGCAUCCGAUGAGGGUCGUGUGCAGAUGACUGCAGCGGCGUUUGCAAAGGGUCUGUUAGCACUGGAAGGAGAGUUGACUCCAAUCCUCGUUCAGAUGGUGAAGAGUGCCAACAUGAACGGACUGCUGGAUAGCGACAGCGACUCUCUCACUGACUGCCAGCAGAGAGUCAAAGCUCGAUUACAUGAGAUCAUGCAGAAGAAAUUAGACUUUAGUGAGGAGGACUACAAUAAGUUGGCUCCAACAGGCAGCCCAUCUCUGGUGAACUCUAUGGAGGUAAUUGUCAAUCCAGUCAGGACUUGUGAUCGAGUUCACACCCUCAUUAAAAGCCUUACUUGUCAGAUCUGUAAAAGGCUGGAAGACCCCAAAUCUGCAGAUCUACAGCUAUACCACAGCGAGACUCUGGAGCUCAUGCUGCAGCGCUGGUCCAAACUAGAGCGUGACUUCCGCAUGAAAAACGGACGCUAUGACAUCAGUAAGAUCCCGGACAUCUAUGACUGUGUGAAAUAUGACACCCAACACAAUUCUUCUCUUGAUCUGGAGGACACGCUGGAGCUUUUCCGUCUGUCCAGAGCACUUGCAGACAUCAUCAUCCCACAGGAGUAUGGAAUCACUAAAGCGGAGAAGCUGGAUAUUGCCAGUGCCUACUGCCUGCCUCUGGUCAAGAAGAUUCAGCUGGAUCUUCAGAGAACACAUGAGGACGAGGCCGUCAACAAGCUGCAUCCUCUGUGGUUCAGGUACUCGCGGGGAGUGAUGUCUCCGGGUCGGCACGUUCGGACCCGGCUCUAUUUCACCAGCGAGAGCCACGUUCACUCCCUGCUUAACAUCUUCCGCUACGGAGGCCUGUUAGACGAGCAAAAAGAUGAACAGUGGAAGCAAGCUAUAGACUACCUCAGCGCUGUAACCGAACUCAACUAUAUGACACAGAUUGUUAUUAUGCUGUAUGAAGACAAUAACAAGGACCCCUCCUCAGAGGAACGUUUUCACGUGGAGUUGCACUUUAGCCCGGGGGUGAAGGGGUGCAAGGAUGAGGAUAAUGCACCAAUGGGUUUUGGCUUCCGACCUGCCUCCUCAGAGAACCACGAGAAGCAGACAGACCCAGGCAGUCUUGAAGACCUUUCCCAAGAUGAGCCCGACAGAGCCGCACUGACUGAACCAAUCAACAUUCAGAGGAAGUCGCCACUCAUACGCAGCCGAAAGGCUGGAUCUAUGGAGGCUCUUUCAGAGAGUAACACUUCUUCUCGAGGACUGGCGUAUCGGAUCUUCCCGUCGUCUUCUCGUCAGUCACCUGAGAUCAAACCCAGCGGGCUAGGCGCCCAGUGUGUGGGCCUCUUCAGCGCCUCCUUCCCCAACCUGAGAGACCUAACACGAGUUCCCCGCAAAAAGCCCUCCUCUUUCAGGAAUCUGUCUUCUCAAACCGAGCUGCUCUCUAUGCCGGCAGUAAAGAGAUUUUCUGUGUCGUAUGCCAGGCAUCCGACUAAUGGGUUUGAAGGUUGCUCCUUGGUGCCCUCCAUCUAUCCACUGGAGACGCUGCACAACUCACUGUCCCUCAAGCAGGUGGAUGAGUUCCUCACGACGUUGUGUAAGAACGGGAGCGAGACACAAUUUAAGAGACUCAAAUCCCUGUCUGCCAUGUUUGAGACACACUCCCAGCCAUCCAUAGAUGUUGAUAAUCAGGAGACGCCAAUGUCAACCCCGGUCCAGAACCAACCAGCUGCACAGUCUCUCUGGUACACCAGCAGCCCUCCCAGUACCGUAUCCAGUGCCGGGCCUUCGUCUCCAUCUGUAGCAGGGCCAGCAUCAUCCAACUUCAGAUUCAACAGCGAGUAGACAUCUUGGAAACAUUUUUUGCUCUUAUAUCAGUUUUGCAGUAUCUCUUCAAAGGAUUGAGGUUAAGAUUGAUACGGUCCUAGUUAUCUACUUGGAAGCUGCUAAUAUUGUACUAUCUGCACUUCUGCCUGAACAAUACAGAGCCUCUUUGGCUGAGAUUCAGCUGGUAGUUUGAUCUGUCAGCAAAUACAGCUCUGAAACCAGUAAUUAGCUCUUCCGCUGUACUUCUGAGCUCCGGUGGAGUUAGAUACUAAUUAUGAUCCCAGAAUCAGUGGCAAAGAGACAGAGA